CCUGCCCGCGUCUUCCAGUGGAGUGCGUUGAUUUCAUACCAGAGUCAUACUUCACAUUCCACGUCUGCUGUCAAAGCUCACUGCAAAUAUUCGCCCAAACAUUGGCGAGCAAAGUGGGGAAAAUCCAUCAAGGACGGCGAUUUGAGAAGAAGAACUUCCACGCCAGCACGUCCACGGGAGACAUUAACCACCUCCAGUCUGCUUUGCUGCUGCAUUUUGCCAAGCCCUCCUCCAUCUUUGACGUCGGGGCUCGGGGUCGGGCCCAGGGGGAGCCGCCACCAUUGCGUCCAACGAGUGGAGCGCCAACGGUAGCCCAGAAGAUGGGCUGGACGGGGACAGCGAGGACAAGGCCAUCGACGGGGACGCGGAGGGCGUGUGGAGCCCCGACAUCGAGCAGAGCUUCCAGGAGGCUCUUGCCAUUUAUCCACCCUGCGGCCGCAGGAAGAUCAUCCUGUCGGACGAGGGCAAGAUGUACGGUCGCAAUGAACUGAUAGCGCGGUACAUCAAGCUGAGGACGGGGAAAACUCGCACCAGGAAACAGGUGUCUAGUCACAUACAGGUGUUAGCCCGCAAGAAGGUCCGUGAGUACCAGGCGGGGAUCAAGGUUUCUAGCCACUUGCAGGUUCUCGCCCGGAGAAAAUCUCGCGAGAUCCAGUCAAAGCUAAAGGACCAGGCGUCUAAGGACAAGGCCCUGCAGAACAUGGCCGCCCUGUCGUCAGCACAGAUUGUGUCUCCCAGCAUGAUGAAGAAUCAUCUUCCUCUUCCUCCACUGCCUCCUGCUCCCUACCAGCCAGGCAGAUUCUGGUCGGCACCCAUCCCGGGCCAGCCUGGACCUUCUCAGGAGCUGGUUCUAGAUCUCAACCCAGGAAGGACUCCUGGGCUUGGUCGCACCAGCCAUGCCAUCAAGCCUUUUGCACAGCCGCCAUACCCCAGCCUCUCAGGCCCGGUACCACAGUCCAUACCAAGCUAUGCAGGUUACGAGCCCUUGGCUCCGCCCCCUGCGCCCACGGCUACAGCGGUGCCAGUGUGGCAGGACCGGACCAUCGCCUCCUCCAAGCUGCGCAUGUUGGAGUACUCCGCCUUCAUGGAGGUCCAGAGAGACCCGGACACUUACAGCAAGCACCUGUUUGUCCACAUAGGACAGACCAACCCGUCCUACAGCGACCCCCUCCUAGAGGCCGUGGACAUCCGGCAGAUCUACGACAAGUUCCCUGAGAAGAAGGGCGGCCUCAAGGAGCUCUAUGAGAAAGGCCCCCAGAACGCUUUUUUCCUCGUUAAAUUCUGGGCGGACCUGAACAGCAGUGGCAUGCAGGACGGUCCAGGCUCCUUCUAUGGUGUGAGCAGCCAGUACAGCAGCAUGGACAACAUGACCAUCACCGUCUCCACCAAGGUCUGCUCCUUCGGCAAGCAGGUGGUGGAGAAGGUGGAGACGGAGUACGCCCGGCUGGAGGGAGGCAAGUGUGUGUACAGGAUCCACCGCUCACCCAUGUGCGAGUACAUGAUCAACUUCAUCCACAAGCUCAAACACCUGCCUGAGAAGUACAUGAUGAACAGUGUGCUGGAGAACUUCACCAUCCUGCAGGUGGUGACCAACCGUGACACGGAGGAGACGCUGCUGUGCAUAGCCUUCGUCUUCGAGGUGUCCACCAGCGAGCAUGGCGCUCAGUACCACGUCUACAGACUGGUGAAGGACUGACACCAGCACCACCUCUUGUGGCACAACACCACCAGGACAUUCACACACACACACACACACACACACACACACACACACACACACACACACACACACACACACACACACACACACACACACACACACACACACACAAGGAAUAAAAACAUUGAUCAGACCAGUACAGCGGAGGAACGUGAUGGACUGUUGAAGGAAGGAGGAGGUGUCGAAGCGAAGGAGAAGACUCUUCUGACGAGGCUCCUGGCAGCGAGAACAAGGAACAGGACCACGGGGGGCAGAGCAGUGGUGUUUGCAGUAGCUUGUGUUAGGAACGACAAAGUGCCUUUUUUCUUCUCCAAAGACGCCUGCCACUCUUGAUUGCCUUUUGUACUACCUCUUGUAUUGUGUACACCAGCACAUCAUGGUCACACAUAACGCCCUCACAUGUCACCUAUGAACACUCAAAACCCCUUCACAUUACACCUAUGUACACGCAAAGCCCUCACAUGUCACCUAUGAACACUCAAAACCCUCACAUGUCACCUAUGAACACUCAAAGCCCUCACAUGUCACCUAUGAACACUCAAAACCCUCACAUGUCACCUAUGAACACUCAAAAACCUCACAUGUCACGUUUGAACACUCAAAGCCCCCACAUGUCACCUAUGAACACUCAAAACCCCUCAGAUUACACCUAUGAACACUCAAAACCCCUUCACAUUACACCUAUAAACACUCAAAACCCUCACAUGUCAUCUAUGAACAAUUAAAGCCCUCUCAUGUCACCUAUGAACACUCAAAAACCUCACAUGUCACGUUUGAACACUCAAAGCCCCCACAUGUCACCUAUGAACACUCAAAACCCCUCAGAUUACACCUAUGAACACUCAAAACCCCUUCACAUUACACCUAUGAACACUCAAAACCCUCACAUGUCAUCUAUGAACAAUUAAAGCCCUCACAUGUCACGUUUAAACACUCAAAACCAUUGCAUGUCACCUAUGAACACUCAAAACUCUCACAUGUCACCUAUGAACACUCAAAGCCCUCACGUGUCACGUUUGAACACUCAAAGCCCCCACAUGUCACCUAUGAACACUCAAAACCCCUCAGAUUACACCUAUAAACCCUCAAAACCCUCACAUGUCAUCUAUGAACAAUCAAAGCCCUCACAUGUCACGUUUAAACUCUCAAAACCAUUGCAUGUCACCUAUGAACAAUCAAAGCCCUCACAUGUCACCUAUGAACACUCAAACCCCUCACAUGACACCUACAUGAACACUCAAAGCCCUUGCAUGUCACCUAUGAACACUCAAAGUCCCCACAAGUCACUUAUGAACACUCAAAACCCUCACAUGUCACCUAUGAACACUCAAAACCCUCACAUGUCACCUAUGAACAAUCAAAGCCCUCACAUGUCAUGUUUGAACACUCAAAGCCCUCACAUGUCACCUAUGAACACUCAAAACCCCUUCACAUUACACCUAUGUACACUCAAAGCCCUCACAUGUCUCCUAUGAACACUCAAAACCCUCACAUGUCACCUAUGAACACUCAAAACCCCUUCACAUUACACCGAUGAACACUCAAAACCCUCACAUGUCACCUAUAAACAAUCAAAGCCCUCACAUGUCACAUUUACACACUCAAAACCCUUGCAUGUCACCUAUGAACAAUCAAAGCCCUCACAUGUCACCUAUGAACACUCAAAACCCUCACAGGUCACCUAUAUGAACACUCAAAACCCUCACAUGUAACCUAUGAACACUCAAAACCCUCACAUGUCACCUAUAUGAACACUCAAAGCCCUCACGUCACCUAUGAACAAUCAAAGCCCUCACAUGUCACCUAUGAACAAUCAAACCCCUCACAUGUCACAUACAUGAACACUCAAAACCCCCACAUGUCACCUAUGAACAAUCAAAGCCCUCACAUGUCACCUAUGAACAGUCAAAACCCCUGACAUGUCACCUAUGAACACUCCUCUCAGUUAUCCUCCCAUGAAAGAUAGCAUGUUUAAGUUGCAUAGGUGUGAUGCAUCAGCAUUUUGUUCUGGUACUUCUGGUCUUACAAAUGUUUCUUCUAGAAGCAGAGCUCUUUUUCCACCGACAUUUCCAGGAAUGUUUUCAGGCCUGGGAUUGUGAAAGGACACACCCCACUUUUACAGCAGGAAGGGGAUUCAUACGGCCCCGUUUGUUGCGGUUUACCUGACACGUGAAACGUGACAAAUUGGCGGUCAAUUUUAGUUGCCAGGUGUCCAAACUUUUUUUUUUUUGGUAAAUUGAUAUUUUUCACUUUCAAAACCAACUAAAUAUUUCUUACACAGUAUACUCUCCACUUGUGUUGAAGGUGCUUAAAGUGUUCAAGAUAAAUCAUAUUUUGUUUUAUGUACUUUCAACACUUCUUUAGCAUCUAUAAAUCCACUCCAGAUCUAUUCAAUGACUUUAGAAUGACACUUUUCUUAUGUUUUACCCUACACAAAAUAUGCAAUAUCCCCCGCCCUCCCCACCCUCCAAAAAAAAUGUCAAAGUGGAUUAUUUGAUGUGAAAAAUGUAAUAUUUAAUUUUUUAACAAAAAAAGCUUUGUGUUACUCUUAUUUUGUAGUAGUAUUUUCAAAAUGAGCUGUAACCAAAUAUGCAGCAGGCCACACUUUGAGCAUUGAAUUUCUUAAAAUAACUUUUAUGGCAAUUUGACCUUUUACCACAGCUUUUGCACAAUGAUGAACCCCGCCUCUACCCCUUACACAAGACCCAACCUGGAAUGCUGCCGUAUGAAUCCCCUCCCCUCCCCCCGCAGGUACUUUGGUGGAAAGCCCCCAGGUGAAUAAAAAGUGUGGAAAAGAGGCUCUUGCUGGCCUGUCGUGGAGGUGUUUUUAUUUCUGUGCCAAAUGUAGCGGGCGUGACAAAGAAUUGUCUGUACUGUGAGUCAACACAUCCCAAAGGAACGGAGGGAGACUCCUCUUUGUUUGUGACCCCAGCACAGAGGACAUUUUGUUUCAAAAAGAAACUGCAAGCUGUGAAGUCUUGGGUGGACAAGAGAAGCUUCAGUGUUGGACGUCCGACUCUGUGCUGGAUUCUUAUUUAUGGGCUGGACCAGCAGACGUUGAAUCCUGCAGGCUCUUUAAUGGCUGGAGUCCUCUCAGCCGCCACUUGGACUAUUCUUUCUUUUAUAUCACUUUUGUGUUUCCACUUUCUUGUCUUUUGACCUUCAGUGUUUGCGCUUCACUGAGAAUAACGUGUGACUUUGACCCUGAUGAUGAUGAUGAUGUAUGCUUUGCAAAAUGGUGUGGGACGCUCUUCUUGUUGUUGUUGUUUUCCUUUUUGGUUGAAGGUGGUUUACUUUGUUACGAUUGUGAGUUGCAAUUUUAUACUUCCAAAUAGAGGUUGGACUAUGUAAUCAAACAAUGUAUCGAACAAUAAAAGACACAUGGUGCCUUUUGGGGGCCAUUGUCCCCUUUAUAUA